GUCCUGGUGUUGUAAUCGUGUCAUAACUGACCCCGGACCUGCCGGUUCACAGUGACGGUGCAGCAGCGCCUCCGUGAGGGACGGAUGCUCACUCGGUACUGAUCCCGGAACAGUUACCGGAGCGGCACGAGCCCACAGAAGCGGCGCUUCUUCCGGGAGCUGCAUCUCUGUCAAGGUCUGACCAAAGAUGAGCGCGUUUUACCGCAAUCUGCGGGGGCUAAACCCGCACAGGCUGGGCGGCAGCUUCACGCAAACGUUUAUCCGCGGAGGAACGGGGCUGAGACCGGCGCUGUGCCCGCAGAGAGUCCACCGCUGCCCGGUGAACCCGACAGCCCCUCAGUGGAGGGCCCUCUCCUCUCUGCCUCCACCCCCUUCAUCUGGAGAGCAGCCCAAAAAGUCCGGACCCGUCACCUGGAGGUCGCUAGCGGUGACGUUCGCUAUCGGAGGAGCUCUGCUGGGGGUGAUGAAAUACUUCAAGAAAGAGAAGGAGGAACUGCUGGAGAAGGAGCGUAACAAAUCCAUCGGGAGGCCGGCGCUGGGGGGGCCCUUCUCACUGGUGGACCACAACAACAAACCCUCCAGCAGCCAGGACUUCCUGGGCCAGUGGGUCCUCCUGUACUUCGGCUUCACGCACUGCCCCGACAUCUGCCCCGACGAGAUCGAGAAGAUGAUCGAAGUGGUGGAUGAGAUCGACAAAAUCAAGUCUCUUCCAGACCUGACCCCCGUCCUCAUCACCAUCGACCCGGAGCGGGACACCCCAGAGGCCAUGGCUGCUUAUGUCAAAGAGUUCUCCCCGAAGCUGAUCGGCCUGACGGGAACGACCGCUCAGGUCGAGGAGGUUUCCCGAGCCUACAGAGUCUACUACAGCCAGGGCCCGAAGGACGAGGACAACGACUACAUCGUGGAUCACACCAUCAUCAUGUAUCUGAUCGGACCGGACGGAGAGUUCGUGGAGUAUUUCGGACAGAACAAAAGAGCCGUGGAGAUCUCCAACUCCAUCGCUGCUCACAUGAGGAAGCACAGGAAGGGGAAGUGAGCCGCGGCGCCGAGUCCCCGAGUCCGGCCCUCGGGUCUUUCUGCUCUUCACUCGGGUCUUAUUUCUGCCUUUAUUUAUAUUUUGUACAUCAUAAAGUCAUGCUGGUGCAGUGGAAUUCCUUUGUUUCCUGAGAAACGUCACACUGACAGAUGAACAAACUGUUUUCCGGUUUAUAAAUUGUGUUUUAUAUCAAAA